UCUAUAUUGGAGAAAGAAAAAACACUGCUGCCGGCGGUCUCCUCCUCCUCUUCGCCGACCCGGAGAACCACCCGCCGGGGAUCCCCUCCACCUCCUCCUCCUCCACCGCCGUAGUAUUUCCCCAUGAUCCCCCAAUUCGCGUUCCUCCUCAACCUCUUGCCCGACGGAGUGGGCGGGGGACCAGCUCCAGAAUCAAGAACGUACAGAGGAGGCCGAUGGUGGCCGGCCAGCAUGCUGGCGCCGCGGGGCGGACGAGGAUAGGCGCCGGAGGGAACCCGGCAAAGCGCGACCUGUGCUGUACGGCGAAUGGCAAGUCCCAUUCGGACGGGCGGCGGCACGGGGAGAGAGUGCAAGGGGAAGCUGAGCAGAGGAACAGAACCGUGUUCCUUUUAUCUGCUCUGUUAAAAGAUUGUUUGCAAACCUGAGAUGUUCUGCAAGUCUGAUAAGCUAGGGUGAGAUGAAGAUGCUCAGCUUAAACAGAGCUACAAUGUUACUACUCACCAAACCUGGGCUCUGGGGUCUUCUCCUCCCCAAGAGAAGGAUUUGUAAGUAUGAGACUAAUCCAAUUCAAAGCUCUUCUGGGAGUAGAAUUUUUUGCAUAAGAAAAAUAACCUACAGGUAGUUCCUUCCUCUUACAUACUGUAUGCGGAGGAGACGCAGAUGGAUAACAAGAAUGAAAAUAACUAUAGUAAGGGGCUUCGGAUUGCUGUAAUUUGGUAAAAUACAACAAACCAUGUUCUUUUUUGUGUGGACGCACAGAUCUCCUAUGCAUAAUCUGGUUGCCUAUCUUCUCGGGACAGUCUCGUUUCAUCUGGGGCCUGAUACAUCUGAAGCCAAAGGUGGAGCUGAGGAGCAUGCAUCUCCUGCCACGCCAAAGUUCACUGGAGUUGUUGCAACAAACUUAUAAUCUAUGUUGCUUGCUGUGUUUAUGGUGCCUUUCAAAACUUUGACAACCUCUGACAUUUACCAAAAAAGGCUUUCGCCCUGCGUUAUAUAUAAAGCAAACCACACAUUACAACCGGCCAUACAACAAAAAACGGAAAAUAAAACGACAGGAUACACAACUCUAUGGAACGGCUAACGAGCUCCGAAGGACCAGUAGGACAUCGAAGCCCACGACGGCCUCAGAUCAUGUCACCAACGACUGCGACAAAGGAGCUAUUCACUGCCAGAGGAAAGCCACACGCUGUCCCUCCCAAGGCCAAACUUGUUGUCCCGUCACUGCCUCCGAAGAGGGCACCCCUGCCCUCUCGUCCUGGAUCGAAGGACGUUGUCCCGUCGGCAGGCAGAGCAGCUCACCCCUGAGCACGCAUGGGCAGGCCAACCAGUUGCCGAGGAUAGGACAACAGCCGUGUCGACCUCACCUCUAAAGGACACCCAUACAUCGCCACCGUCUCCGGCCAAGACCCAAACGCACACCGCAGCUGCCGAGCAUGGAUAGUACUGAAGACCGGCAGACCACCACCGCACCGAGCCCCUGACCACGAAGAUCUCCCAAGGCAGCGCCUUCAAGAAGAAAGCGACGCCGAUGCGCCGCCACCGCCCAAUCCGGAGAUUUUAGGCUUUCGCCUGGGACCGAGAGGCGGAGGGCCAGGUGUAGGUCUCGAUGUUGCCCACACAGAAGGAGAACGGUGCCAUGGGCGUCGCCAACAUCGUGACUGGCCUCGCUGGUCAAGGGUUUCCCCCGACCCAGAGCCCGCACCCAACGCCCCUUCGGCCUUCUUUUGCAAUCAAUCUGCAGAAUUGCCAUCCUCAUCAUCCGAAUCACUUCUUGCUUCUCUACUUGCAUGUCUUGAAUCACUUCUUGCUUCUCUACUUGCAUGUCUUCACUCUGCUUGUCAACUAGAUCUGCUAACUGACCAUUCUUCACCUUUUCUUCCAAUAAGGUGAUAAGAUGGAUGCUCUCUUCUGGCUGGGAACUGUCGAUGUUCUUUCUCCCACUGAUUAUUUCCAUGACCACAACACCAAAGCUGUAGACAUCGGCCUUUUCCGUGAUCUUUGAUGCCAAUCAUUCAGGAGCCAAAUAGCCAGGUGAGCCUUAGUCUAUGACAAGAGCAUGGAUGUCUGAAUUGGAUAGCAAGCCUCACCUGCAUCUCUGAUCCUAGCAAUCACUCACUCAUGUAAGGAUUCAGGAAUUCAGCAAUCAGGUGAUAUUGAACACCUAGCUAGUCAGCUAUGCCAUGUCAAGGAUGAAUACAAGCCACACUGUCGACAGAUACUAGUUCAAGAUUCGUAAUCGCUGUCAUUUUAACUAGAACCUGGGAUUACCAUGAAUCUCUAUAGAUAAUGCAGAUGAUGGAGAUGCUGCGCUGAUUUUUGCAAAGGCAUAUGAACAGGUGAAACCAAAGUAUAACCAUUUAACUGCUUGGCCACAUGAAGUGUUUGUUCCUGCAAGUGAGGGGAAGACUGUAGCAUCAAGAGAGCAAAAUGUGGCUAGAUUUUUUUUAACCAGAUAGUAAGAUCCACCCAUGGAUUUUACCAAAUAAUAAUGAUUUAACCAGCAGAGCAUCAAUUAAUGGAGCAAGACUGUAACGGAAUAAUAAUGGCUAUUGCAAAGUUAAAUCUCAUCCAUGGAUUUAACAUCCAACAUAUGGCUGGAUUUAUAACAAUUCCUACGAUCAAUGUGGAAGCUCAAUAGGAGCCUCUAAUUCGUAACAGUGAGAUGAUAUUCGGUCAACCCUUCGUUUGCACCGUAAUUAAUUAAGGUGGGUCCAUAAAAGCAUCAAAUCAUAUGCUUGUGUUAGCUUUCUCCCAUUGGCCACCAUGAUAUUUUAGCUAGGCAAAGACCUCGAGCCAUUCACAAGUCACGGUUAGUUUAUUAACUUGUGCCUUAAUGUACGGGCCACUAGCCCACUACCCACAGCUAAUCAACUGCUCAAAGGACGUGCAGUUUAGACUUUUUUUGUGUCUGUGUGUCAGUGUGUGGGAGGGGGGCGGGGGAUGACGUGCAGUUUAGACUUUGCACAUAGUGUAUGCACUAAUAUAGACAGGCUCCAAAGGCUCCUUUUUGGAAACCUUGACUCGCAACACGUUCUGGUCGUGGUUGUGCCCCUAAACCAUGUACAUCACCGGCGAUCGCCUUCACACCAAAGGCUCCUCGGUCGCUCCUCGCCGGCAAUGAGCGGAGGGGCGCACUGAAGAGGAGAAGGCAGCACGCUGCUAUCCCCUUGGUCGAUCGCUAGUCCAGGACACUAAUUCUUGGCAAGAACCAAUGGCCGAGUUCGCUGUUAGCACCGUUCUUGCAAACGUGGGCAAUCUUGCUGUUCAGGGGACAAGUUUUGUAUGCGCGGUCACCUUUGAAGUGGCAGUCCUGAAAGAUGAGCUAAUGCGAAUGCAGGCCUACCUCAAAGAUGCCGAGAGCAAACGGAGAUCUGGAAAUGCAAGAGUUGCUGUUCUUGUGAGCCAGAUUAGGGAUGCCGCAUAUGAGGCUGAGAAUGCCAUCGCAGCUGCAGAGUACAUGAAGAAGAGAAACAUGAUAAAGAAGGGCUUCAAGGCUGCAGUCUCAAGGUAUGCUCGCUUACCGGGUGAUUUGACUACCCUUCGUAAAGUUGGUGUUAAAAUUCAGCGUGUAAGAAGGAAGCUCAAUGAGAUAUUUCAGAGUGUAGAACGCUUGAAUAUUGACUUGGAUAUUCAAGAUGUGGACGAGUGUCUAGAAGAUUAUGACCUUGCACACCAAAACUUUAAGGAUGAUUUUGUCAUGGUUGGUUUCGAGAACGAGUACAGAGAAAUAGUCAAUAAGUUAGUUCAGGGGGGGAAUAUGCUUAGUGCUAUCUCCAUAGUUGCUAUGGGUGGUGCAGGAAAAACGACAGUUGCUAGAAAAGUGUACACUGCAUCCGGAGUCAAACAACACUUCGAGGUGCUUGUUUGGGUGACUGUUUCUGAAAAAUUCAAGGUCAUUGAUUUACUAAAGGAAAUUGUGAAGCAAAUACCGAGUGAUGUUGGUCUGUCUAUAAAUGAUGAAAUGAAUGAGUAUGAGGUGGGAAAGAAGAUCCAUGAUAUCCUCAUCAAGAAAAGAUACUUGGUAGUUCUCGAUGAUGUGUGGGAAACAGAUACAUGGGAGCAAAUAAAUAGAACAAUUAAGGCCUUUCCAGAUGCGGCUAACUUUAGUAGAGUACUAUUAACUACAAGAAAAGAAGAUGUUGCGAAUCACGUUGAAAUGCCAACCCAUGUUCAUUCUUUGAGAUGUUUAGAUGAAGAGAAAAGCUGGGAACUUCUUAGUAGCAAAGCCUUACCAUCAUACAAAAGGUCAAACAUACAUGAUCUGGAUAAGUUUGAAAACUUAGGGAGAAAGCUUACAAAGAAAUGUGAUGGAUUACCGCUUGCACUUGCAGUGUUAGGGGGUUAUCUAUCAAAGAAUCUCAACACACAAGCAUGGUCCGAUGUACUGUUGGGCUGGCCAUCAACCAAAGACACACAGAUGAUGUGGGGCAUAAUAGCUCGCAGUUACAAGGACCUACCGAAUCAUUAUUUGAGAUCCUGUUUUCUCUAUCUUGCUGCUUUUCCUGAGGAUUUCAUAAUAUCCGUGUCGGACCUUAUAAAUUUAUGGAUAGCAGAAAGCUUGAUUCCACAUACACCAAAGCAUAUACUAGAAGAAACAGCACGUAAGUAUGUAACUGAGUUGACCCAAAGAAGCUUGGUACAAGUUGUUGAAACAAAUGAUAUUUAUGGAUGGAUUGAGAAGAUAAAGAUUCAUGACAUCUUACGUGACUGGUGCAUAGAAGAAGCAACACAAGAUGGUUUUCUUGAUGUCAUCGAUGAGACUACUAGAGGACAAGAUGGUGCACCUUCAUCUUAUAACCUGAUAUCCUAUCGUUCUUCUUUUCAAAAUUCGAGUGAGCAGAUUCUACAAGCAUCACCUAAUCUCCGAGCUUUGUUUGGCUUUGGACUUUUAUCAAUAUCUUUUCCCAAGCUAAGAUUCCUAAGAGUUCUUCAUGUUGAGAAUGCGAGACUGGAGAAUUCCUCAGAAGUAAUUGGCGGGUGCGUUCACUUGCGACACCUCGGAUUGAGAAGAUGUAGAAAUGUGGUGAUUCCUUCUUCAGUCAGGAAACUCCUUUACUUGCAGACUAUAGAUCUGGCAGGGGUCUUUCGGCAUGAAUCAGAAGUAUCAAACUCCCUCUGGGAUAUACCUACUCUAAGGUAUAUAGAUAUUCCUAGAAUUUCUCUGCCAAGGAGUGUGCAAUUUCAAAAAAGCCUACGGGAGCUUCAUAUGUUCGCUUCUAUUUAUGAAAUUGAAAAAGAUCCGAUGCCGAUCCUGGAGAUGCUUCCUUGUCUUGUGAUGCUGGGGUUGAAUGGUUUUAAAGCUGAAACCAUGAGCUUCAAGGCCCAAGGGUUUCCUCGUCUGCAAGAGUUAACACUUGAAAUGUGUUCCAUUAAUUGGAGGAUGGAGGUUGGGGCAAUGCCGAAGCUAUUCCACCUAUCAUUUAAAAGAUGCCCGCAGAUGGACGGAAUCCCCAAGGGAUUGUUGCACCUUCCAUCCCUUAGGUCCGUAUCACUUCGUGAUUUGAGAAAAUACUAUUUGAGUGACAAGACAGUGAAAGGGCUGAAGCAGAAAGGAUGCGAGGUCAAAGAAAGUCGUACUCCGUUCUAAGGAUUAUGUUUGAAGUAUGGUCCAAAUGUACAAUGCAUGUCAAAGGAAGUCGUACUCUUCGAACAGCAGGGAUGAUCAAGUAUUCUUAUUAUUUCCUAGUUAUGAAGGCAUUAUGGUCCGGUUAUGCUCUCCCAUUGGAUGGACAAAUAUCUAGCGUAUAUGGUUGAUUCAUGUCUGUCAUGUGGGCUCUUCAAUGCAUGCCGUUCUGUCUAUUUGUCUCAAUAAAUGUGUGUGUGACUGUUAAGUAUUGUAUCAAAUGAUUUGUAUUUUUCUUGGAUUAAGUUUAUCACAAACAAGCCAUAUAUAUUGUGAUAUUUUUAGCUCAUGUUGUUUGUCUCUGAGAACAAUUAACGAGCACUCACUUUAGCGUCAAAGUUUGUCCUAUGUCAUUAAUUAUAUUGUAUCAUAACUACUGUAUCGAAUGGGGGGUCGAUGGAGAUGGCAAGAGCCCUAGCGACACCGCUUCUUCUUCACUUGCUCGCCCUGAUCUCCUUUAGCAAAGAAAAAGUAAGUAUUGUGUGCUGGAAAAGCGCCCCGUCUCUAAUAUUUAUUUUCUGUCUGAAAUAGUGGAACCAACACUUUGCAAAUCAAUGAUCCGCAUGAAAAGUAUGAUUCUAAGAUUCAGUAUUCUGCGGAUUUGAGCAAAUUCUUGAUCCCAGAAAGGUAAAUUGUUUUUUCUAGUUUUUUUAAUCAUUUUGUGGUAAAUGGAUCCACUAUUUGCUAAUUUCUGAUCUCACCAGGAUAUUGAACCUAUAUGGACUAGCUACUGUUGGCUUUGGUUAACUGAACCUGAAUUUUGAUAUUUACUUUCCACAUAUUUUGUGAAGGCACUCUUAGAAACAUGUGAUCUGUCUUCCUGAAUUGAAGAUUCCAGCUAUCCUUUUAGCACUUGCAUUCCUUUAGAUUUUUUGUCCUCGAAUGUCUGUUAGGUUUUAUGUGUUAUUUUCCUCUUGUGCUCAUGUACAUCCCUUUAGAUUUUUUGUCCUCGAAUGGCCGGGGGACCACCUCCAGAAUCAAGAACGUACAGAGGAGACCAAUGGUGGCCGGCGAGCAUGCUGGCGCCGCGAGGCCGACAGAGAUAGGCGCCAGCGGGAACUCGGGAAAGUGCGACCUGUGCUGUGCCGCGAUUGUCAAGUCCCAUUGGGACGUACGGCGGCAUGGGGAAACAGGUAUGAGUUUUCGCUCUCUGAACUCUCAUGAGAUUCCCCUCUUAACUUAUGCAGCAUAAUCCUAGAGCCCAAACACAAGAUUUUACCAUCUAUAUUUGUAAUCUAGUCCAGUAGAGUGGAACUGGUACGACCCACGAUUUAUGCCUUUUCAUCUCUUGAUUGAUUUACCCACAUGACAUCUUGAAUCAGAUAAGCUUGUGUGGACAUGUGGUGCUGCCUACAAGCUUGUUCUUGCAUACAAACAACAGACCUAUUUACAGAUCUGACCGAAAGAAAAACAGAACAACAUAACCCAGUCCUGUAGAGUGGAGCUGCUACGAUCUAUUAGUACGAUUUAUGCUUUUUCAUCUUCUGAUUUACCACAUGACAUCUUUAAUCAGAUAAUCUUGUGUGGACUUGUGGUUCUACGUACACGCUUGUCUUGUGUAGAAACAACAAGAAACAGAGUGUCAAUGCCAUUUAUAAACAGAUAUCUGAAACGACAGUAACAACAUGUUGGAACAAGUUCUUGUUAAAUAGGAAAACCUUAAAAGAAAAAGCCAUCCACUUCCUCUGUUUCACAGUAGCUGUUUUGACUUGAAAGUGAUUUGCUUUGCAGUGCGAGGGGCUGAGCAGAGGAACAGAACCAUGUUCCUUUUAUCUGCUCUGUAAAAAGAUUGUUUGCAAACCUA